GUGAAAGUUAUUGAGGUUAUGUUGUCUUUCCCAGAUUUUCACGUAACUGAACUGAAAGAAAACUGUAGGUAAUUAAUCAGUUUAUUGAUUAUGGUUCUGUUUCACAGUUUCCAAGUUUAGUAGCAGCUAACUUCUCAUUCAUUGUGUUAGAUAACUCACAAUCACUCAUGAUUGAUUAGACUAGUACCGUAAUAUUAAAAUUUGAUUACUUAUCAGGCUUGCUUUUACUCUGACAGUAAACAUACACAACUUUUCAAGUUGUAGUCUACUUCCGAAGAAAAAUGGCAUCAAGAUUGAGAUCUCCAGUCAAGUCUGUAUCCAAACUGUCGGCAGAUUCUCCACUCGCAGAAGAAACUAAAUCUAAAUGGAUUUGCUUGAACUGUAAGUCAGUCGGAGCAGGCUCUAAAGCGGCUGGCUUAUCAUCAUCCACCGAUAGUGAAAAGGAAGCCAUAAAAAGCAUGUUAUUUGGACUGGGAGAUAGCAGUAAGCCUCUUCUCACUACUGCAAAAAUGAUCGAAACCGUGCUACUUCAACAAAUGACAAUUUUUCUUGUACAAGUUGAAGAAAUAGCAAUGAGACGAGAUUCUUCAAAGAUAGAAAUGCAAGAUAUUGUUUUUCUCAUGAGGAAUGAUAAAGCCAAGCUGACUAGACUCUUGAAUUUUAUAAAUUUCAAAGAUACCAAGGGUAGGUGUAAGACCGGAGUGGUGACAGCGAAUGGUCACAUCAAGAUGAAAUUGUCGAAAAGAAUAUAUGAUUGCUUGCAGUUUCUGAAAGCCAUUGGCAUUACAGGCGUAUGUGACCCCUCUGCUGAUGACGAUCUCACGUCAAAGGAACGACUAGUCAGAAUUCAGAAUUGACAUUACUUCUGAAAGCCUCAGCUACAGCACUGGUGAAUAUGACAAUUUUUUAAAAUCAAGAUGAUCGUCGUUUUUCCGCAAAGACAAAAAGGCGAAGUUGUGGCGUGCACUGAAGAGAAUCGCACCGGACCCUUUGUCCAAAUUGAAGAAAGAUACUGAAGACUUUAUCAGUUACUUGGCUAAAGAGACAAUUGCUUUGGUGGUAGAGUACGCUCGACUUGUGCAGCAAGACAAGUCCGUGACUCCUGCAGAUCCGUUCCGUAGAGCAAGAAUGAUGGACAAAAUACCAGCAAUUACCCCAGAAGAGGUCAAAGAGGUCGCCCGUCGCUUUUUCUCCAAUCAGCUUUCGCCUUUCGGAACUGACACAAGAUCCACGACCUGCCACUUCAAUAAAAAGCUAAUGGCUUGCUAAGUCAAGUCCCACUUUAUUACCGCUUUCAGUAUUAUAUAUUAUAAAUAUUGUGUCUUUGUUACCACUUUCAGUAUUAUAUAUUAUAAACAUUGUGAUGUUAUGUUAUUGUGAAUUUUACAAUUAAGUCAAUUGAAAAAUAUUUUCGAUGAGUUCAAUUUUGAUAUUUGAUCAAUCAGAUCAUUCACUGAUAUUUUAUUGUAUAUUUUAUUGCAUUUUUUUUAAUUGGGAAAAUUACUAACAAUAUUUAUUUUUUUGUAAGUUUUCUUCAUUUCUAAUCCAUUCUAAUUUCAACUCCAGUGCCUGUUGAAUAAGAAUUUAGUUCUAUAUUUAUUUAUGAAAGAGGCUUACACAUAACUGACCUGGAUAUUAAUUGGCACAAUUUUUACAAUUUUUGGCACAUUAUUCGUCCCAAAUUCACUUACAAGACUUUUAAACUUGUAUGACACACUCCGAUUGUAUUUUGAAUGUCUCAACGUUUUUGCAGUAUAUUUUUAUUCCUUUUCUUUUAAUUCGUUCUAAUAUUCAGAUUUUCAUCAAAUUUGGUUUGCUCUUAAGCCAAAAAUUUACAAACUUGGUGGAAUACCAAGUUAAUAUUGCAUCAGAUAUACCAGUAUCAACUCUUCUCUAUAGAAGGCAUUAUCAAGGCAGAGAAUCAACAUCGCUGUUCUCCUGUCUUUCACCACUGCCAUUUUAAUGUGAACCUCUCUCAUGACGGAACAGUGGUGAAUUGAAACCCGCCAAA